UCUUAUAUGUGCUACACUCACAGAGGGUGGCCAUUCAGGGGAGGGGAGCUAACCCCUCGCCAGCCCUACUGCUGCUUUGGAGGAGGAAAAACCCAGACGGUUCGUCGCCUGCGCCUUCCCACUGCUGAAAGGGGUAAACACACAGAGGGAGACAUUUCAUAGGGUCUGUGAACGUGUUUCAGGGUAUAUUAAUGUCAUGCAACAAGAAAUAUACUGGAAUGAUGAAAGAAAAGGAAAAAGAAAGAGAAAAUACAAGGAGUGGGGGAGGAAAGCAGGCAUUAUCAGACUGCAAGACAUUAGGUGGUGAGCAGAUGUGAAGAAUGGAAACACUCAGGUUGAAGCAAUGAAGAGAGCACUUGAAAGCCUUAGCCUGAAUAUUGUAGAGAUGACAGAUGAACAAGCAACAUUAGAUGGAGGAGAUGUUUUAUUUACAGGCAGAGAAUUUUUUGUGGGUCUUUCAAAGCGGACCAAUCGUCGUGGUGCAGAAAUUCUGGCAGACACCUUUAAGGAUUAUGCUGUUUCCACAGUCCCUGUUUCUGACUCCUUGCAUCUGAAGAGCUUUUGCAGUAUGGCUGGGCCAAACCUCAUUGCUAUUGGUUCAAGUGAAGCUGCACAGAAAGCCCUCAAGACUAUGCAGCAGAUGAGUGACCAUCGCUACGACAAGCUCACCGUUCCUGAUGACGCUGCAGCAAACUGUUUAUACUUAAACAUUCCUGGCAAAGGUCAUAUUUUGUUGCACCGAGCUCCUGAGGAAUAUCCAGAAAGCGCAAAGGUCUUUGAAAAACUGAAGGACCACAUGCUGAUCCCAAUAGCUAACACAGAGCUAGAAAAAGUAGAUGGGGCACUCACUUGUUGUUCUAUCCUUAUUAAUAAAACUUCACACUUAUGAGUUUACAGAUUCCCUCCCUUGUAGCUGGCAAUAACGUACAUGCAAGGUAGAUGAAUCUGUAUCCACUUUUAUUGGUUUUCUUGACAAUCUACUGUACCACUGUGCUACUAACCUUUGUUUACAAUGGUGCCCCUUCAAAUGGUAAUUCAGGUGCUCGUAUAUGCUUUUUUUUCUGAUGUAGAAGGACUUGCAGCAUGUUUGUCAGGGCUUUCAGAGAACCGUUAAGCUGAUAUUGAUUUAUAUAGUUGGUGUGAAACUGGUCUAGGAGCCAGAAGUAGGGGCUACUUCUAACAUUACUUUUGAUUGACACAAAUCUUAAGACCAAUGUCUAACUAUCACUUUGCAGUGAUUGGAUGCACAUUCAUUUUGUUCGCAUUUCAUUCCCAAGACAUGCCUCAAGCCCAGGGUUCCCAAACUAUGAGGCAAGCAGGUCACCUUAAGGACAUAUGGCUCAUUGAGCCUCCUCAACAAACUAGCCCUGUGAGGGUGUUUCUAUCCAGCAGUAUAGUGAUGACCUGCACCCUCCCGCUCAAUGCAACACAAGUUCAAGAGGCCAAUGGUACAACUCUUGUUUUUGCUAAUACUGGUUAUGUCACAGGAGUUUUAUAAUACUCCCGUGAGAGCUUUCUCCACUCUUUUCCAAAGAUCUGCUUAUCUGUUACACCUGGUAUUAAUAAC